ACCCGCACGCAAGACCAAAGCCCUGCUGCAGAUGGUGCAGCAGUUUGCGGUGGACUUUGAGAAGUGCAUCGAGGGCUCUGGUGACCAGAUCGACACCUACGAGCUGUCAGGAGGCGCUCGCAUCAACCGCAUCUUCCAUGAACGCUUCCCCUUCGAGCUCGUCAAGAUGGAGUUUGAUGAGAAGGAGUUGCGCAAGGAGAUCAGCUAUGCCAUUAAGAACAUCCACGGUAUCAGAACUGGCCUCUUCACCCCCGACAUGGCCUUUGAGACCAUCGUGAAGCGGCAGAUUGGCAAGACCAAGGAGCCUUGUCAGAAGUGUGUGGACCUGGUCAUCACUGAGCUGGUCACCACGGUCAGAUCGUGCACCAAGAAGCUUGCCCAGUAUCCCAUGCUGAGGGAGGAGAUGGAGAGGAUCGUCACCCAGCACAUCAGAGACCGUGAGAGCCGCGCUAAAGACCAGGUGAUGCUUCUGAUUGACAUUGAGCUGGCCUACAUGAACACCAACCAUGAGGACUUCAUUGGAUUCGCUACUGCUCAGCAGAGGAGCAGUCAGAAGAGCAUGAAGAAAGCAGCUGGCAAUCAGGAUGAGAUAAUGGUGAUCAGGAAGGGAUGGCUGACCAUCAACAACAUUGGCAUCAUGAAGGGCGGAGCCAAAGAGUACUGGUUCGUCCUGACUGCAGAGAACAUGUCCUGGUACAAGGAUGAUGAGGAGAAAGAGAAAAAGUACAUGCUGACGGUGGACAACCUGAAGCUGCGUGAUAUUGAGAAGGGCUUCAUGUCCAGCAAGCACAUCUUCGCCCUGUUCAACACUGAGCACAGGAAUGUGUAUAAGGAUUACCGGCAGCUGGAGUUGGCCUGUGAGAGUCAGGAUGAGGUGGACAGCUGGAAGGCCGCCUUUCUGCGGGCUGGAGUUUACCCUGAACGUGUGGUGGAUAAGGAGAAGAGUGAGUCCAUAGAUGAGGGCAGCUCGGACGGCUUCAUGCACUCCAUAGACCCUCAGCUGGAGCGGCAGGUGGAGACCAUCCGCAGCCUGGUGGACUCCUACAUGGCCAUCGUCAACCGCACCAUCAGAGACCUCAUCCCCAAGACCAUCAUGCACCUGAUGAUCAACAACACUAAGGAGUUCAUCCAUGCGGAGUUGCUGGCGCAGCUGUACUCGUGCGGUGAUCAGAACUCUCUGAUGGAGGAGUCUCAGGAACAGGCUCAGCACCGCGACGAGAUGCUGCGCAUGUACCACGCCCUGCGCGAGGCGCUCAACAUCAUCGGUGACAUCAGCACCACCACCAUCACCACCGCCAUGCCCCCGCCCGUCGACACCUCCUGGCUGCAGGUGCAGGGAGGACCCUCGGGACGCCGGUCUCCGAUGUCCAGCCCCACCCCCCAGCGCCGUGCCCCCCCUGGCCCCCCUCGUCCCAGUGGACGCAGUGCCCCCCCGACCCCCCCUGCCACAGGAGUGCCGCCGGUGCCCUCUCGCCCGGGCGCCUCGCCCGACCCUACCGCACCCCCUCAGGUGCCCCACCGCUCUAACCGCGUGCCACCAGGUGUGCCCAGCCGCCCCAGCAAAGGGAGUCCGUCCCACGGAGAGAGCCCUCAGUCCUCGUUCGACUCUUAAACCCACACUGCUCACUCCUCCUCUCAUCCCUCCUCCUCUUCCUCCCCCUCUUUCUCCUCCUCUCCCUCCUCCUCUCCCUCCUCCUCUCCUCCUCCUCUUCCUCCUCCUCUUCCUCUCCUCCUCCUCAUCUUCCUCCUCCUCUUCCUCCUCAUCUUCCUCUCUUCUCUGUUUGCAGUUCUCGCACCCCUGCUGUCCUCUAUAGGCCUCCUUUCUUCUCCCCUUUCUCUCUCUCUCUCUCUCUCUCUCAUUUCCUCUCUCUCUCUCUCUCUCUCUCUUUCUCCCUCUCCUCCGUGUUCCCCCUCUCUCUCUCCUGCUGUCUGUCUGGGAUGAGAAUGUGACUCAUGGACAUCAGAGGUAACCACGGAGACGACCCUCCUGCCCCUCAGCAGUCACAGCCUGCCCUGACAGCCUGCAGUUCCGGAGAGGGACCACCAGGUGGAGCAACCUGACACUAGACACCAGAGGAAAGGGCUCUCUCCCCCUAGCCCUGUGCCAUAAACACUAACCAGCUGGUCACAGGCCUUUCAGAGAUAUCAGUGUGCAUGUACGUACAUGUGUGUGUGUGUAUGUGUCUGAGUAAGUGUGUAUGUCAGUAGAGUUUUAAUUGUUAUGAAAAUGCUGUAUUGUGUUUGAGAUGUGUUUACACAGAUAUGUAAUCUCAGUAGCCUACUGUAGGUAUCCCCAGAGUAUCUUAACUGCCCCGGGGCCGGGCCAGGUCUGGGCCGGGUGCUGGACAAAUCUGUUCCAAAGCCACCGGCAUCUGGGGUGUAAAAAUAAGGAUUCUAUAUUCAUCACAGCUGCAGCCUCAUGAGUUCCACUCAUUCUGCAGUAGGCGACUGUAGCUCUCUAGGUGCUCCUGUUGUAGAUGCUGUUGCCUAGGUAACAGCUGGAGCAGUCCUGCGCUGGGUCCAUCUCAAAGCGCAUUUGGAUGUGCUGUGAGCCUUCUGCCUGGCCAAGGCCUCGUCAGUUCACAUCGGUUUACAUUCAUAAUGUUUAGAGCUUUGUUUGCUAGUGGUUGUGCGUUUUAUGCUAUAUAUGUACAUAAGAGAAAACUACUGAGAUGUGGGCUGAUUCUGGAACAGUUCCUGGCCCUGACUUAACAGAUCAAAUCCUGAUUCUGAUCAAAAUUCACACCAGAUCCAAUUCUGAUUGUGAUCCAGAUUCACACCAGGUCCAAUUCUGAUUGUGAUCCAGAUUCACGCCAGAUCUGUUCUGGAGUCAGCUGCUAUCUAAACAGAAUGCCUGGGGACACACAGAUGUGGUUGUGUGUACAAUUUGUGUGUAAGUUUGUUUGUAUAUCACUUGACUGCUUCACCAAGCAAAGUAUACACUGGAUGUUUGUGUCUUUAAAGUUUUAAGUCAAAGAUCUUAUACAUUUGGUCAUGUAUUUAAGAAGAUGCCGAUGAUUCUACUGUUAACAUAGGUCACUGCAGGAGCAUCAAUUCUGUAAGUUGUGUGUUAUGAAUAUAUAUAUAAAUUGAAUUGAAUAUAUAUAUAUAUAAAUUAAAUAUAUCUAAUUGAAUGAAAUACACCCUCACCUAAUAUUUAAUACAUGUGAAAUAUGAUGACUGUAAAUGUUAUGGGUCAUGUACAGUGUAUUUGUGGUAUGUCUAUGGGAUUUGUGCUUCCAUUGUUGGCAGUGUAGUCCAAAUGUAAGAUUAUCUUAAUUAUCACUAAUGUGACUGAUGUAGAAAAUAAAUCUGGUUUGUGUGUGUAUGAUUGUGUACAGAAUGCCUGUGUAUAUGUGUGUGAGAGAGAGACAGAAUGUGUGUGUGUGUGUGUGUGUGUGUGUAUGCAUGUGUAUAUUUAUGGAAAUAAAGACUGUGUAUGUUA